CAAAUGGUGGAUUGCGUUACUUUUUCUCGUGCUCUGUGUAAAAUAUUUACGUAAAAUAGUGUUAAUUUCAUAUUGCAGUGUUUCUGACUAACAUAAACAUGUCGGAAGCACUGCCGAGUGCUAAAAAACAAGUGCCGCGGCAGCUGCGUGAACGCAAGCAAAGAAAACUCUAUUCAGAUGAAUGGGCUCUUGGUGAUGAUGAAGCCGAAGGAGGUCGGGGCUUUUCGUUGGCAGACAAGUUGGAGAGCCCCAGGUUCGAGCAUGCCGGAUCAGUUCUGGAGAUGCACGGUUCAGAGAUCACUGUUGCUCACCUGCAAAAGAAUGGAUUUACAACUCCUUUGCUGUUCAAAGAAAAAACUGGAUUGGGCUUGAGAGUUCCGACGAGCAACUUCACAGUGAACGAUGUGCGCAUGUGCGUCGGCUCCCGCCGUCUUCUCGACGUCAUGGACGUCAACACUCAGAAAAAUAUCGAGAUGACCAUGAAGGAUUGGCAAAGAUAUUACGACGAUCCCAACAAGGAGCGUCUUCUGAACGUGAUAUCAUUAGAGUUCUCCCACACCCGCCUUGAGAAUUACGUGCAAGCGCCGCGUAUAGUGCGCCAGGUUGACUGGGUGGAUACCGUGUGGCCACGACAUUUGAAGGAUCAACAGACUGAGUCCACAAACGCACUUGAUGAGAUGAUGUACCCAAAAGUCCAGAAAUAUUGCCUGAUGUCUGUAAAAGGGUGCUACACAGAUUUUCACAUUGAUUUUGGUGGUACCUCCGUGUGGUAUCACAUUUUAAGAGGUGCAAAAGUAUUCUGGCUUAUCCCUCCCACUGAGAAAAAUCUACAGCUAUAUGAGAAAUGGGUGCUUUCUGGGAAGCAAUCCGAUGUAUUCUUUGGUGAUACUGUAGAGAAAUGCAUCAGAGUCCAUCUGCAAGCCGGCUACACAUUCUUCAUCCCCACCGGUUGGAUUCACGCAGUUUACACACCAAGCGAUUCUCUAGUGUUCGGUGGCAACUUUCUUCAUCAGUUUGGCAUUGAGAAACAGCUCAAGAUUGCCCAAGUUGAAGAUGUCACUAAGGUGCCACAGAAGUUCCGCUACCCGUUCUUCACUGAGAUGCUGUGGUACGUGUUGGAUCGUUACGUCAGCGCUCUUCUCGGCCGCUCCCACCUGGCGGCCGAGGGGCAGUCAACCCCGCUAUCCGCGCCGAAGGACCAUAUGCAUCUCACGCAAAAUGAAUUACAUGGAUUAAAGGCCAUAGUAAUGUAUUUACAUCAGCUGCCGGCCGCUCGCAAAUCCGUGCCGGAGUUGCUUUCAGACCCCAUAGCUUUGGUCCGCGACGUGCGAACCCUGGUCGAACAACAUAGGCAUGAUAAACAGCAUCUGGCUAUCACAGGAAUUCCUAUACUGAAAGGGCCAGACGAGGCCGUGAGCACCGAACGCCGCCAGCCCAGCGCGCGCGGCGGCCGCGGCGGCGCCCGCGGCGCGCCCGCCCGCCCGCGCCCCGACCACGCCAACAACGCGCCUAGGCGGCGGAGGACCAGAUGUAAGAAAUGCGAGGCUUGCCAACGCACAGACUGCGGCGAGUGCGUGUUCUGUCACGACAUGGUCAAGUUCGGUGGGCUCGGCCGCGCCAAGCAAACCUGCAUUAUGAGGCAGUGUCUACAGCCAAUGUUGCCCGUGACGGCGUCCUGCGCUGUGUGCCACCUGGACGGCUGGAUGCAGACCCCGGUCGCGCCCCAGGCCAAGGGUAACUCGGGUCGUAACGGUCCGUCGUGCUUACGCGAGUGUUCGGUCUGCUACAGCAUCGUGCACCCCGCGUGCGUGCCGCCCGGCGGGCAGGUCAACGAGGACCUCCCCAACUCCUGGGAGUGCCCCAUGUGCACCCAGAUGGGGCUCAACCACGACUACAAGCCCCGUCACUUCCGCGCGCGUCAGAAAUCGUCGGAUCUUCGGCGAAUGAGCGUCGGCUCCGAUGUCAGUCAACUUGGACAGCACCACGGCAGUUUAUCGAACAAGCUGCCUCCGCCUUCGGCCGGGCCCGUGAAGUCUGAGGCGGGCUCCGACACAGAGGCAAAGAACGACGUGUCACAUAUCAAGACCGAAGACGAAAUAAAACGCGAAGAGGAAGGUCUAUCAUCAGGCGAGCUAGCAGAAGCUGAUGGCGAGGGUCAGUGGGAGCCGGCUUCGAAAAAACGAAGACCUUCCGAUGAAGAUGAUGCGCCGAAGAAACACGCUCUAAGGGCACAUCACGCUUUGCAAAUUACCCAUAAUACGACUAAGGUCCUCAAGAAACCCCUAUACCCAAUUCGUCCUGCUCCAACUAUGGCGACCCCCACAAACCUGGCGGGGUCUCCGUGGCUGGACCGCGAGGCCAUGCUGAAAGUGUUCGCCAAACUGCUGCCAGCCGACUUGGCAACGUGUGCGCUUGUGUGCAAAGCCUGGGCGGAGUACUCGAUGGAUCCGUCAUUAUGGCGUAGCAUGUCAUUCGUACAAGUCAGAGUAUCCGCGGCACAGUUGGCCGGUAUAGCACGGAGACAACCCCUGUCUCUGGGGCUCGAGUGGUGCCAUCUGGCGAGGCGGCAGCUAGCUUGGUUACUAGCGCGACUGCCGGCUCUCCGUUCCCUCUCACUGGCCGGAUCCCCCGCCGAGGCAGCAUUAGCAUUACGUUCUUCUACUUGUCCACCACUCACCUCGUUAGAUCUCUCAUUCGCAAGAUGUCUGGACGAUGCCAAGUUAAGGGGGAUCCUGGCGCCUCCAGAGAAUUCCAGGCCCGGGGGAGGGGCAAGAACAGGGGCGGAACCUAGUCGAUUGGCCGCAUUGUCAGUGUUGAGGCUGCCUGGAACUGAUAUCACCGAUGUCGCGAUGAGAUAUGUUGUGCAGGCGUUACCCAAACUGUGCGAGCUGGACGCUUCCUCGUGCGCCCGACUGACGGACGCCGGCGCGGCGCAGCUGGCGCACCACGGGCUGCAGCGGCUGUCGCUGGCGGGCUGCCGGCUGCUCACCGAGUGCGCGCUCGACCACCUCGCGCGCUGCGACAACCUCGUCCGAUUGGAUCUCCGACACGUGCCUCUGGUGUCAACGCAAGCUGUCAUAAAAUUCGCCGCGAAAUCCAAACACAACCUCCAUGUAAAAGACGUCAAACUGGUCGAGCUAAGGAAGACUUGAUCCGAGGAGGUAUCCACGCCCGUGUCAUAGACAAUAGACUAGUGAAGUGGUGGGGAGAUGACUGAAAAGGUCCGUUUUAUUUUAUAACUUGACCUACCUUACAGAUUGUGAUUGAUAGACGUGUUACUAGUACUAACAAGCAGUGUUUUGUUAUUUUUCGAUUUAAAAAUGGAAUCCAUGCUCAUUGGCUGACGGUAUACGGAUCAAACGCCACUGAAGCGUUGCGUACACUUCAAUGGCGUUUGAUUUACAAUCAUAUGCAGUUGAGUUACCGUAUGAUAUAAUAUGAACGUGGGAUGUCAUACAUUGUAACCGUAGAUGUCAGCUAACAAAGAUAAAAGUGUUUAACUGUACCCAUUGAAGGAUGAUUAGAAUUCUGUUAACGAACACUAAUGAUGAGUUGUUUAAGAAUUUUAUGAAAACGCCCAAGAUAUAAAUUUUUGAGGGCACUUUUGUAUGAUCUCCUUUGGUUUCUUUUGUAAAAUAAAUUAGACAAGCCCCAAUUUUGGGAACAGCGUUGACCAUUUAUUUUAUACAGUACGAAAUAUGGUAUAACUAAUAAUAACCAAAUAUUGACAAUAUUCAUCUACAAUUAUAUUAGGAGGUUCCAUUUUACAAAGCGUAUUGGCAGUUUUUACUUAAUUUUUACUACAGUGACAACAUAUCAAAAUGAUAUAUUUCCUCACCACAUUAUUAAUGUAGUUAAUGAAACAAAGACUUGAGUAAGCCUAUUAUAAUGUUGAGGUGAUACGAUUUAUAAGAUUAGUGAAUAAAAUACGUUUCGAUAUAGGCGAGUUUAAAAAAAGUUUUGGUAAUUUUUAGUCCAAUAUUUGUGUGUGAGUUAGUUUUAUUUCUCAAGUAUUUUAUCCUAAUGUAUCGCGAAACGGUACUUAUUUUGAAUUAUAGUAUAAUUUUGGUAGCUUAAAUCGCUAACCUUGUUUACAAGUUUUCUUAUAAAAACCCAUCACUUGAUAACGGUGCGAGAAAACUAACACUAAAUUAACCGCCUUAAAAAUAAAUAUUAUUUUAAACAAAGACUAAAUUUGCCUAAGUUUACAUGACCAGAAAGAGACAACAAGAUAUCUUAAAAAUGUGUCUGUGGUUGCGACGAUAAGGUCAUUUAAUUUUUGUAAUACAUAGUUUUAAAUUUCUAUUGUCCUGACAAGUUUCUAGUAACGCAAUAAUAGAAAUAAGAAGUAUUUGCACGUUCGGUAACUAUCAAGGAGGCUUAUUCCGUAAUCAAGUGUUUUGGAGCCCUAAGGAAUAUGGUAGGCCUUCUCUAGUAAGUCGCAAAAGUGCAACUAACUCAAAUAUAUUUCCCGUGCCAACAAUUUCAGCACAUUAUUACUGCACAAUCAAUGAGUAUAUAAAAGUUAUAUAUGUUAAUUUUAUUGCAUGCUGUUGCAUCAUAUUAUAUUUUAUCGUUAGUUUUGUGUUAGACAAGCCGACUAUGAGAGGCUUCAGUAUUGACUGAAAUUCUAAAAAUAACAGUAAAAAUGUGUUAGAAGUGGCUUAAUGUCAGAAUUAUCUUGCGUUUUGAUAUAGCUGGCUCGAAUUUGAUUUUGCUUUUGUACUGAAAAAAUACAAUUUCAGAAGAUUAAAAAUAAAUUAUCUUAGUUGACCAGAAGUAUAGUAUACUUCGCCGUAAUGCUGAAUAAUAAGUAAUUUAAUAAAAUCUGGCAUUAGUUCAUCUAAAAAAAGUAAGCAUAACCCAAUGCUAUUUAGUAGUCCGUCUUAUUUACGGCUCUUUUCAUUACCUUAAUUUUCUAAAACAGAUUGGUUUUUAUUAGACAAUAGCGCACUUUUGUCAAAUCACCUCACUAUCACUCAAUUAUGUGUGGCUAUAUGAAAGAAAACUAUUAGGUGUAGCUAUAUGAAACACUAAUUGCAGAACUAUAUUUUUGGCCAAGCUGAGUUGUAAACUCAAGAUUGCUGUGAUUCUUUUAAGAAAAAAAAGGACAUUGGUAAAUUCUUCUUAUUCCAAGGUAAUUUUGACCUAAUCGCCCAUAUUCUAAUGUAUCAAUUGAAAUCACUUAUUUUGUAUAUAACAAAUUUAUUUAUUAAACACAGAUUGAUAAAGCAUUAUUUUAUUUCAUGACAAUUCAAAAUUGCUUAGGUUGUAUUUUGUUUAGUUCUAGUCGCUUUAUAGGUUAAGCUGUUACUAUAUUGUGUAAAUAACUGUUUUUUUUUGGCGAUUUUUCACGUGUAAUUUCUUUAAGUAUUGCAAAAACGUUGGCUUUCGCUCACCGUCGAAGAUAUGCUAUUAAACUGAUUCAUUAUCUACCAACUGUGGGGAUCGUCCUACAGGUACAUGCUACAUAAAUUGUACUGAUUAACUUCUCGAUCUGAUAUAGCAUAUUUUGUAUUUUCUUGCAAUUAGUGCUCGGUAUUCAAAUAUGUUUAUUCCCUUAAUAUUUUUGUUGUAGAAAUCAGAUGCAUCUCAAACUCAUUUACCAAAUAUGUAUUCGUAAUUAUUGCGUUUAUGCUAUUUAUUUCUCUGACUAUUACAAUAUACACUGAUAAAAUUAUACGUUUUGAAGACGCACACAAUAGUCACAAAUGCUUAUUUUACAAAUCGAACAGUUUUUUUUAUUCGGUCAUACAGGAUUUUGUUUAUGAAUAAACGGAGCAUAAUGGGUUCGGAGCAUAGACAAUUAGAAACAGUACCAAAAACAAAAGGUUUUGCGUCCUCUCCUAUUCUACACAUUAACUUCUCCAACUAAUUUCUUAACAUCUAGACACAUUGUCUCAUCCAGUUCCGUUUGUUUUAUAUACAAUGUCUUUGAAUAACAACACCCAGCUGUACAUAAUCGAACAACUCAUUGAUAGUUUGUAAGCACACCGACUCUGGUCAUUUGAAGCGGGGUCGGGGGGCCGCCUAUAGUAUUAGUUUAUGCGCGGAUUAGUGGGUUAUGCCUACGCUUGUCGAAUUAUACAGAUAAUUGAAAAAUAUAUUUUGAUUAUACCUACGUAAAGAAAUGUUUUUAUAAGUAUUGCUAAAGGCAUGUUUAGUAGUUUUUAUAAUAAAUGAGUCUUUUCAUUUCUACAUAAACCGAUAUAUAGAAUGCAAGAUAUUUGUGAUAUCUUAAAGGUCAAAAGAUCUACCUUUACUCAUGAAAUGUCACAAUAAAAAAGGGUAUUCUGUCAAUAUGUUUUUUCGACUAGCGCAAGUAUAAUAUCACUGUGUAUAACGUUGGCCGUUAUCCCGUAACGUUUCCACUGAUCCACUAGAGACUAAUGUCUACAAUAAUUACUGAGCUAGUUUUAAGAAUUGUGUGCCUCAGUGUAUAGACAAUUAGCAAUAGAGAAGAAUCGUUAAUAAAAUAUAUUAAAUUAAAUACAGUCAUUAAUCACACUAUAUCGAAAAUGUGUGGCUGAUGAUUCUAUUUGGUAUAUUGUAAGAUAAUUAUAGAUAUUAUUUAGUUUUUUAAGAGGCCUUGAUGCGAGUUUUGAUUUCGUUUCAAGGCAGUUUUCGUGAGUUCCCAACUGCCACCAUUAAAACUUUUAGGUAUAUCAUUUGACCAAUUUUUAGUCAUCGAAUCGAAGUUAUUACUUCAAUACAUUAUAAUGUUAUAAGAAUUUUGUUCUUUUAAAACUACCAAAAUAUUUCAAAAUUUUCACAUUGGGACAGCUAUAUUCAUAUAGACCAUAUAAAAUUCUCCUUCAAAUGGCAUCCGAGAGGCUUUCGGAGGCCACUAUAUUACUAUUACAACGAAAUAAAAUUCUAUAACCAUUAGUUAAAACCAUCAGCAGUUUCAUAGCGGAUGCAUCCCUUCUGAUGAUAAAUAUUUCAUUUCAUCAAUGAGGACAAAAUUUGUGAUUUUGAAAAUUUUAAUGGCGGUGUUAGGGAGAAUGUAUUUAGUAGUUUUUGAUAACUAGCUCGCAUGUUGGCGGUCGUUGGCGGAAAUGAAAGAAAGGUGAUAUUAAAGCCAAUGGCUAGGUUAACGAAAUAGGUAGCGAUAUUAUUGUGAAAUGACCCGUUUACAAGCAGUAACAUUGUAUCAUUGGUUACCAUAAGCACUUAUAGUAUUUGAAAUAAAUAUUUACAAUGAA